AUGUCUCAGGAGGAACGUGCCGCGCUCGAGCGCUCACGAAUGAUUGAGAAAAAUUUGAAAGAAGACGGGAUGAUGGCCGCAAAAGAUAUCAAAUUGCUUUUACUUGGCGCUGGAGAGUCAGGAAAAUCAACAAUCGUCAAGCAGAUGAAAAUCAUUCAUGAGUCUGGUUUCACUGCCGAGGACUACAAACAAUAUAAGCCGGUCGUCUACAGUAAUACAGUGCAAUCACUGGUCGCCAUUCUGCGAGCUAUGAUCAAUCUUGGUGUCGGCUUUGCCACUUCGGAAAGAGAGGUUGACGCUAAAUUGGUGAUGGAUGUUGUGGCCAGGAUGGAGGACACUGAACCCUUCUCGGAAGAGUUGCUUUCUGCAAUGAGACGAUUGUGGGGUGAUGUUGGAGUGCAAGAGUGCUUCUCGCGAUCCAACGAAUACCAGCUAAAUGACUCGGCGAAAUACUUCCUUGACGAUUUGGAUAGGCUAGGCGAGGCCUCGUAUCAACCCACCGAACAAGACAUCCUUCGCACUCGUGUCAAAACGACGGGAAUCGUUGAAGUGCAUUUCACAUUCAAGAAUCUCAAUUUCAAACUAUUUGAUGUCGGUGGGCAACGAUCCGAGCGAAAGAAGUGGAUUCAUUGCUUUGAGGAUGUGACAGCGAUCAUUUUCUGUGUGGCUAUGAGCGAAUACGAUCAAGUGUUGCACGAGGACGAGACAACGAAUCGAAUGCACGAGUCACUGAAGCUGUUCGACUCGAUUUGCAACAAUAAAUGGUUCACAGAUACGUCAAUUAUCCUCUUCCUCAACAAGAAGGAUCUCUUUGAGGAGAAGAUCAAGAAGAGCCCGUUAACUGUUUGUUUCCCAGAGUAUUCGGGCCGACAAGACUAUCACGAGGCUUCCGCCUACAUUCAGGCGCAAUUCGAGGCGAAAAACAAAUCGGCGAACAAGGAGAUCUAUUGCCAUAUGACGUGCGCCACUGACACAACAAAUAUCCAAUUCGUCUUUGAUGCGGUGACGGAUGUGAUUAUCGCGAACAAUUUGCGUGGCUGUGGUCUCUAC